AUGUUGGAAUUUGAUGAACCGUAACAGUUCCCCUAGUUCUAAUUCAUGGGACCCGUCAUUAGUAUCUGAAAAUUCGUUAUAUUUCCUAAGUGCCUUCUCCAGAAUGUUACUUCAUAGUUUAUUUAUAAAUAUUUUAUUGUGGAACCUAGUUUCAUCCUUCAAUUAUGAAGACAGAGAUCCGUUAGUAAAGAAAGCCCCUGACGGUCAGAAAGGAUCAUAUUUUGGUUUUAGUGUUGCCCAACAUAGUACUGUAGAAUUGGAUGGGAAUUUAGACAAUAGUAUUGAUAAAUAUUGGUUGCUUGUUGGUGCCCCUUUAGGAAAAAACCUGCAGCCCAAUACAAAUCAUUCUGGGGCAUUAUUCAAAUGUCCAUUGUCUAGUGCUGAGUGUAUACAAGUUGAAACUGAUGGAAAACGAGAGGCUGGAGGAAGGUAUAGAUUCGAAGAGUUCCUUUACGACGACGAGACCGAGGCCGAUGAAGGCCUGAAGGCGCCCGGACCCGACGAAAUCAAGGACGGCCAAUGGCUCGGCGUGACCGUCAGAUCGCAGAAACCCGGCGGGAUCGUCUUGGUGUGCGCCCACAGAUACAUCCAGAGCCCGGACCUGCGCAAGUUCCACUACGGCAAAGGAUUGUGCUACCUGCUCAACAGCCAACUGGACAUCUAUGAAAGCGUGCAACCUUGCAACGGACGGCCUAUGGAAAAGUUGCAUCAACAAUUCGGUUUUUGCCAAGUGGGGACCAGCGCAUCUUUUGUAGGGGACACUUUUGCUGUGAUGGGGGCCCCAGGGCCUUACACUUGGAGGGGGACAGUCUUCGCACAAAUCGUCGUAGGAGACUUUCUUAAAAGAGACAAAACCAUCUAUCAUAGUCCGUUCGGAGAUAUAGAUAUCAUCGAUAAAUACAGUUACUUGGGAAUGAGUGUUGCUGGUGGCCAUUUAUUCAAUAAAUCCGAAUACACUUUCAUUUCGGGUGCUCCGCGAUCUAAAAUGGUUGGCGAAGUGUUCUUAUUCAAGAAAUAUGGCCACGACGAAGAAUUCAACGUCACCCUCAACAUAACUGGAGAACAGUUCGCAUCUAGCUUCGGUUAUGAAGUUUUGGCUGCAGAUGUCAAUAAUGAUGGCUACGACGACCUGCUGGUCGGCGCCCCGUUCUACUACGGCGACAACAAAGGUGGCGCCGUCUACGUGUACUAUCGCGUCCGUGACUGCAAACCGGGCAACUGCUCGUACAGUCAGGCGUUGUACGGCAGACCGCAAUCGCGCUUCGGCUUCUCGAUGGCGCUGCUAGGGGACAUCAACAAGGACGGGUACAACGACGUGGCUGUGGGGGCGCCGUACGAGGACGAACACGGGGCCGUGUACAUUUAUUUGGGGUCGGCGAACGGGCUGAACGACGAACCGUCUCAGGUUAUCCGGAAGAGACAAGUAAAAACUUUGGGUUAUUCCCUGAGUGGGGGCAUGGACAUGGACAACAACGGCUAUCCUGACUUGCUAGUUGGGGCUUUCGAAUCCGAUCUGGUCCUCCUGUUCAAAACGAGACCCAUAAUCGACAUCAAAAUAGAUAUCAUAAGUAACGAACUGAAAAAUAUCAACGCUACCAAAAGAGGCUGCAUUGCGUCACCCCAGAACAAUUUGACAUGUUUUUCAUUCCAGUCGUGUUUCACGAUAGUGGGCAAGCCGAGGAACUCGGAGGAUUUUCAGGUUAUUUAUAAUGUAGCAGAGGAAAACAGGUUCGUCUCUCGUGUUUGGUUCGUCGACAGUACUCAUCCCAACAAGCACUCAUCUUAUAUGAAAAAAAUAAUCAAUGUGACCGGUAAUAGUCAACGGUAUUGUCAAGAAGAGUUGGUCAACAUCAUAGAGGGAGUUAGUGACAUAUUGUCACCUAUAAAAUUCAGAGUAAAUUACACGCUGGAAAAUAAUAAAUAUCACACACCGAUUCUGAACAAAACGUCUGUGAAACUUUUCGAAGCAAGAUUCCAGAAAGAUUGUGGUAACGAUGACAUAUGUGAAAGUAACCUUACACUGAGUGCUGGAACCAAUCUGACAGUUGACAACUCUGGUGUCUACCAGGUGGACGGAAUAAACAAAGAUUUCAUACUUGACGUGAACAUAACAAACAGUGGUGACUCUGCCUAUGAGACAAAGCUUUUCAUUUUUCACCCUAAUGCACUCAGUUAUGUCGCACUCGUAUCGGAUAACGACGUACCGAGUAACGUGAAAUGUUCGUACAUCAACGCCACAUUGGUCGUAUGUGACGUAGGUAAUCCAUUCCAAGGGGCGUUGAACUUGAAAAUAAGGUUCGAGAUACUAAAAGACACCAAGGAGACGAUACUGCUGCUCAAUUUGUUUGUAAAUUCUACCUCAACAGAACUGUCUAAGAAAACAUCGCAGAAGGUGGAGGCUGUGCUACAAAAAAUCGCCAAAUUUCAUAUCAACGGGAAAGCAUCUACGAAUUUAUUCUACGGUGGCAAAAUCACGGGAGAAUCGGCCGUUCAUCAUCUGGAAGACAUCGGAGCCCGAGUCAUGCACAAAUAUCAAAUUGACAAUGAGGGUUCAUGGGAUUUGAGCGACGUCAAAGUGGACAUCAAAUGGCCGAUUCAGGUGACUCCGGGGCCCAAACAAACAGACAACAGACCCGGCAAAUGGCUGCUCUAUUUGGAAAGCAUACCAAAGGUGUACGGUGUCGGAAUCGACGGUCAUUGUGAAGUUUUGGACAGAACGAAAAUCAACGAAUUGCAAUUGAAUAAAUCGAAGGAAAUCGAUGAACCGGAAAGGUUGACUUUGCCCGAUGACUUCGGGAUAUCGUCGACUGAUACGUCACAUGUCAGGAGGAAACGGAGCAUCAAUUAUGUUGUGCCGUUCGAAACGACAGAGAAAGGAGGCAAAAGAAGGAAAAUUGUGUCGUUGGACUGUGUGUCCCAAACAGCUUUAUGUAUCGACAUAGCCUGUUACAUAGGGAAACUGAACAUCGGCGACAUAGCCGAAAUAGAUAUAAUAUCUCGCAUAUGGAAUUCCACUCUGGUGGAGGAUUAUAGUAACGUCGAUUGGGUCGUCAUCAGAUCCAAUGCCGUCGUCGAAAUACAAGACAAGUCCUUCAAAAUCAGCCCCGAAGCUGUUCAAUUUUUUUCUGCGCAGACUAUUGCUUACCCAGAAAUAGUAUCCACCGAUUCAGAGUUGAAUUGGGUGAUCAUAGGUGGAGCUGUUUUAGCCGGCCUACUCCUACUGAUAGUACUUAUAAUAAUUUUGUGCAAGUGCGGCUUCUUCAAGAGGAACCGUCCCAGUGAUCACACUUUGUCGGGUAAUUUGCAGAAGAAAGGAGAAGCCGAUCACUUGCUUAAUGAUAAAAGUAAUUAA